AGAGCCUUCACGUGUGAACAGAAAUCUCUUCAGUGAAGGGAACAACAGUCAGUUUUGGCAAGUUUUUGGAGUGUUGAGGUGUUUAAAGACUAUUUUUUCGUCUGUGUUAUUUUUAAGAUGAUACAUUAUUUUAAAACUUUUCAGGAAAUGUAAGCUGAAUUUGCCGUUGCGGAUGAAUGAACCUAAAUAUAAGUUUGGGAUAUACACUAGAACUAGCGACUUUUUAUCUUAAAUAUUUGUCGUGCAAAUAUUUUGGUAAAUCUUUAAAUUCAUAAUGCAUACGAGGGAAUGCUUGGUUUCAGCACCGGGUAAAGCGAUUCUGCACGGCGAGCAUGCUGUGGUGCACGGAAAGGUUGCUCUGGCUGUAAGUUUAAACCUGCGCACAUACCUGCGCCUGCAGUCAACAUCAGAUGCUAAAGUCUGCAUCAAUCUUCCCAAUAUUGACACCUUUCUGUCCUGGAAAAUAACUUCAUUACAGCCUCUUCUGACUGGAUGUGAAGCACAAGGUGACCUGAAGCAGGAACUUGAUGCAGAUUUUUUGAAGAGGCUUCGUGCAUUCACCGGCAUUUCAGAUGAUUCCACGGACACAAGAAGCAUGGCUGUUUUGGCAUUCCUGUAUAUGUACCUGUCUGUUUUUGCUGAGGCAGAGUCUCUGGCCAGUAUCACAGUGUCUGUUUGGUCAGAGUUGCCCACAGGAGCUGGGUUGGGUUCAAGUGCCGCCUAUAAUGUUUGCCUGGCUGCUGCCCUGCUCUCUGCCAAAGGGACCAUAUCCUCUCCUCUCACAACCCAACAGGAGUCAGCUAGGUGGAGUACAGAAGAGAUGGAGCUGAUUAACAGGUGGGCGUUUAUGGGCGAGAAGAUCAUCCAUGGUAACCCUUCAGGUGUUGAUAAUGCUGUUGGCACAUGGGGUUGCUUUUUGAGGUACCACGAGGGUAAUAUAACGGCACUAAACAGGGUCCCUGUUCUGAGAAUCCUUCUGACUAACACCAAAGUACCACGCAGUACCAAAGUGCUUGUUUCUGGAGUUAAGGACAAAAUUAACAAGUUUACUUCUGUUAUGAAGCCGGUGUUGGAGUCUGUGGAUGCUGUGUCCCGCACCUGUGAACAGAUUUUAACAGAGAUGUCUACACAUGGACCUUCAAGUGAGCACUACGACAUACUAGAGGAGUUGAUUGAUAUAAACCAGCAUCAUCUUAACGUAAUGGGCGUGGGUCACUCAUCUCUGGACACACUGUGUAGGAUCACUUUGACCAGGGGUCUGCACAGUAAACUGACAGGGGCAGGAGGUGGAGGCUGUGGAAUCACUCUGCUACGACCAGAAACAGAUGCUUCAGUGAUCCAGAGCACCGCUGAGGAGCUGCAAGCCUGCGGCUUUGACUGCUGGGAGACCAGUAUCGGAGCUCCAGGCGUACAGCAGCAUUCAUCUGAUUCGCUCAAACAGGACAUACUAAGGGUACUUAACAGCUACUGAGACUCAAAGAAAAUACAUCCCCAUGAACAUGAGCACAGGUGCCCAUUACUGCUGUUACUCUGGAUCAGAUGAGAUUUUAGGAAGCUCAUUUGGUAUUCCUGGUUUGACACAACGUCAAUUCAGAUUGCACCGUAAUAGUUUCUUUCUUCUCGGAUGGAAAUGAGUUCAAAUUAGACAGAUAUCAUCACUGAAAUAUACAUAUUGGUUAUUUAAUUUUUUAAUGCGUUCUAUGGCAUUAGAAAUCUUUAGGAGUAUUUUUGAUCUUUGUAAACCUUUGCCUCCACUACAUUUUGGGGAAAACAUGGUUUUACUUAUUAUUUUGAAGUAAGGAAAUAAAUAACCACCCACCAAUAAGCAAGAACAGAAAAAAUUACUUUAUCUGGGUUUUCACAGGCAUGGUCACAUUUGUGUACUUUGUCCACGACUGAAUGUUAUUUUCGCAUAUCAAAUUCAAUGAAGUUCUUUAUUGCCAGUAGAGGGCAGCAGAGUGUAGCAGAUGAAACAAAUGCUAUCAAGCUUCCACACAAUAUAUAUAUAUAUAUAUA